AUGCACUUUCGCCUCUUCUCCUUUGCCCUCAUCAUCCUGAACUGUAUGGAUUACAGCCAUUGCCAAGGCAACCGAUGGAGACGCAGCAAGCGAGCUAGUUAUGUAUCAAAUCCCAUUUGCAAGGGCUGCUUGUCUUGUUCCAAGGACAAUGGGUGCAGCCGGUGCCAGCAGAAGCUCUUCUUCUUUCUGCGGAGAGAAGGGAUGCGCCAGUAUGGAGAGUGCUUGCAUUCCUGCCCAUCAGGGUACUACGGACACCGAGCCCCAGAUAUGAACCGAUGUGCAAGAUGCCGAAUAGAAAACUGUGAUUCUUGCUUUAGCAAAGACUUCUGUACCAAGUGCAAAGGAGGCUUUUAUUUGCACAGAGGCCGCUGCUUUGAAGAAUGUCCAGAUGGUUUUGCACCAUUAAAGGAAACCAUGGAAUGUGUGGAAGGAUGUGAAGUUGCCCAUUGGAGCGAAUGGGGAAACUGUAUCAGAAGAAAUCGCACGUGUGGAUUUAAGUGGGGUCUGGAAACCAGAACACGGCAAAUUGUUAAAAAGCCAGCAAAGGAUACGAUACCAUGCCCAACCAUUGCUGAGUCCAGGAGAUGUGUGGCGCUCUUGAGACACUGUCCUGGAGGUAAGAAGUCACCAAAUGCCCAGUUUUUGAGAAACAAGAAGAAGAAGAAGAAGCUGAUCGCAAGGGCCCAGGAGCAGCACAGCAUCUUCCUCACCACAGACAGAGCGACCCAGUAG